AUGGGCGAAGGCAUCACAUCGAUGGGGCGGUAUGCCCUCGCGAUUUCGCUGUUGCCACUGGCGCAGGCUCUCACCUUCUCCUCGUUGACACCUACCGGCUUCGCUGGCAUCGCCCCGGAGACAUCCCAAGCUCCUCAACCCACGGCAUCAUUUGACGAUAAUACAUUCCAUGAUAUCGUCCGUCGUGACUCUUCCGCUGCUGGAAACCAAAGUAGUUUUACCUCAUACACCACGCUCCUAGCGCCGGCCAGUCUCUGUGGCUGGAUCAGCGACCAUCAACAUAAUAACUCAUACUACGGCCGCCCUGUGCCAUGCAAGGACAACGAUGCCUGCUUCUUCCACGCCCCCAACGAAAAUUGGCCCGGCAUGCUGGGCUGUUGCACCAACUCGGACAAAACUAAGUGUGACUUCUACUCGGCCUGCCACGAUGCCCCUGAGAUCAAGGCCACUCCGUCGAUCACCGCAACGAGUGAUCCUCUGGCUCUGACCUGCACGGAUGGACCCACCACGCGCUGCAUGUCAUGGAGCUUCCCCAACGCCGACGUAACGGGCUAUGCCUGUGACCUCAAACCAUACACCAUCUCCGCCGCUACCCAGUUCCUCCAGUCGACCACCAGGAGCGGACAAUCGGCAACCUACUACACCGCAGCACCCGUGUCUUUCGCCGCCGAUGAUCUGAUUUCCACCCUUGCGGCAGGAGGAACCGGCUACGCCAAAAACAAGAAUGGCGGCGGCGAUGACUCUAAAUCCGGGGGAGGCACGAACGUGGGCGCCAUUGUUGGAGGUGUUGUCGGCGGCAUCGUCGGUCUCGCCGCCAUUGCCGCCGCCGUCUUCGUGUUCUGGCUGCUGCACCGCAAGAAGCAGAAGAAGGCUCAGGCCGCUGCCGACGCCCAGGCUGCUCAGCCACAGCCGGGCCAUGGAAGCCUUCCCCCGGGCCCGGAGUCUGUCACCUCGCCCAUGUCUCCGUCGUACGGUCCUUCGUCUAACUGGGGAGGCUCGGCCGCCCAGCCCUCCGAAGUUGACGGAGCCAGCAUUCGAAGUGGCCCUGAUGCGUAUGCCAAAGUGCAGCCCUUCGGCCGUGAAGUCGGACAAGGAGGACCCCGUGAGAUUGGUGACUCAAAGCCUCGCGAGAUGGCUGGUGACUCGAUGCCCUUUAUUGCGGAGCUGCCCACGAGUGCGCAACCCGAGGCGCCCACGAAAACUGACUGA